GAUCCAUUCUAGUCAAGGAUGACCUGGCUCAUGAUUUUGUGUGCCUGUAUCUGGACGGCAGCAAAUGCUCAAAUUCUACAGCUAGAUCAAGGAAAGGUGCAAGGUUUUGAGUAUAAAACAGAAAGUGGUAAUGUUGCUGAAGUGUUCUUGAAUAUUCCAUUUGCUUUGCCUCCAAUAGCAGAUCUACGAUUUGAGAAACCCAAAUCUCAAACACCGUGGGAUGGCAUACGUAAUGGAACUGUCUUUGGACCUGCAUGUAUUCCUAUUGUCCCAGAAGCGGUACUAGGAGAGCAGAGUGCUAGUGAAGACUGUCUGACAUUGAACAUAAUAAGGCCCAAAAAGGCUCAACAAAUUGGAGAAGGACUACCUAUCUUGUUCAUUGUGCAUGGCGGAGGAUAUCAGAUGCUCUCGGCAGUCCUAAGUGGAUACAAAGCUCUUGCGGACACCUACAUAAGCAAAGAUAUUAUUAUAGUUACAAUACAAUAUCGUCUUGCCGUUUAUGGGUUCUUUUCCACUGGAGAUGAGCGAAUUCCGGGUAACCUGGGCUUGUACGACAUGGCAGAAGCCCUCAGGUUUGUGCACUCGAACGCGAAAAACAUUGGCGGUGAUCCGUCACGCAUCACCACUUGGGGAGAUAGUGCAGGUGGUGCAGCAUCCGGCCAACUGAUACUCAGUCCAGUGAGCCGGGAGUACUUAGCAGGCUCAAUAGAAUCAUCUGGUUCACCGUGGGCAUCAUGGACGAUUGGAAGUAACGUGGUUGAUCGUUCAAUCAAAUUAGCGACUAGACUAGGAUGUGCUGAUAAUGUCAAGCAAUGCCUCAAAAAUAAAAGCAUUGAAGAAAUCGCUGCCGCCACCAGAGAAAUGUUUCUUAAACACCCGAAUGACCUGGUUGCUUCCGCACCUCCAAAAAAUUGUAUUGUCGGUAUAACAGCAAAGGAAGCUUCUCUUUUCACCGUGCUAAACACGCCAUUCAACUUUCUCAGUUCUAUCAAAGUCAAUACAUCAGACUUCAGCAAGUUCAAUCGAAUCGUGCUUGUAGACACUUUGAAGAAAUUCAUCGAUGUGGUUUAUGUUGGAGAUCAUCUUGAUGAAUUAGUUGAUGAAGUUGUUACCUAUUAUGUAGACAGGGAAGCAGAGGACAAUUUUGCGUUUUAUCUUGAUCGUUACGUGGAGUUUGUUAGUGAUGUACUAUUCAAUAUUCCGGCUGUAGAUGGCAUUCUCGCUCGAAGUAAGGCUGGUUGGAAGGUGUACACAUACGUUUUCGAUCACCAUAACGAUGAGAGUUUCGACGCUAAAAUUCCCAAACGUUUGAGAAGAGCAACACACGCAAGCGAUUAUUACUACGCUGUUGGUGUGAAAGCGAUGAGGCUGUUGAAGAGCUAUGAAAAUGACAAGAAAGUGGCGGAAAUUCUACAAAAUACCAUUGCUGAAUUUGUGAAAAAAGGACGUCCUGCAGAUUUGGAACUGUGGCCGGAAACUAGCGCUGAUCAGAGUAUCAGCUACUUAGAGAUCUCGUCCGAUCCAAAAAAGAAGACAGAAUUACAUAAAGAAGCAGCUUCAUUCUGGCACAAGAUGAAGAAAUAUGGAUUUGACUUAGUUCAACUGCUUCCAGUAGACAAAUCAGAGUAUGCUAAGGAGGAACUGUAACCAUUAAUUCAUAGUUGUCACGCAGAGUUUGGUAGUUGACAUUUGUGUUGACAGGACUUUCAAAAUAGCCUAAUGUUGUGCCGAGAUAAUAUCAUAUUUCUUUACUUAUGAUUUGUUUUUGUACAAUACCGAUAAUCCCAAUUUGAC